AUGGCAAUAUUUUCAAGACUGUCUCGUUUCUUUCGUCCCUCACGAAUAUCUCGUCCACCGCCGCGUCCAAAGCGAUUAGCACCACCGGCAGACUCUCAACUAAACGGCCAAUACCCAUCUCAUGAGGAAAUGCUUCGAUCCAUGUAUAAAUCUGCAGUUGCCCGGGAUGCCGCAUACGCCAAAAGGUCCUGGUUCUCAAAAAUGUUCGGACCACCACCCGGACCAUAA